CCUCCCUCUAAAAGCGCUCUGUGUGGGGAACAUGAGAGCCAGACCAAAGCUCAGAGACUCACUGAAGUCCUCAAGCAGAUGAUGAUGGAGGAAGAGGAGGACAGAGUAGAGUCUACAGGAUCCAGCUUUCCAUCUGUGACCACUGACCGGUCCAAAGGUCAACCUCCAGACUUCAGUGAUGAGCCAACGAGAUUAAACAUGGCAACGUACACAGAUGACAUAGAUUGUAACAAGAUUUACCCUGUGACUGAACAUUCCAUAUCAAAUCGCAUCGCACUGCUGAUCAAUAUUAGACAUUUUUAUGAUCUGAAAUCAAACCGACACGGUGCUGAGUAUGACGCACAAGCCAUGCUCAACCUGCUCUAUAAUCUGGGCUAUGCAGUGGUAUAUUAUCAAGACCUGACUGCACAGGAGAUUGAUGAGGCUCUAAUUCGUUUCUCCAAGCAUCGAAAGCUCUUUAACACAGACAGUGUGUUUGUGGUUCUCAUGUCUCAUGGCGACUUGGGAACUAUCCGAGGAUCUGACCUGAAGAACUUUGAAAUUGAUAAAAUUUAUGAGCGCUUAAACACGAAGAACUGCCCUGCACUAAUGAACAAACCAAAGGUCAUAAUCAUUCAGGCCUGUAGAGGAGAGAAUGAAGGAGUAGUUACAGUAGAUGCAAGCAAACAAUCCAUGGGGACAGAAAACACUGGCCCUCCAUCAAAAAACAUUGCCAAAGUUGGAAAAGUACACAUAGAAAAGGAUUUCAUUGGUUUUCAUUCGAGCACACCUCACACCUAUUCAUAUAGAAACCCAGAAUAUGGUUCUAAUUUUUUCCAUUACAUUUGUGAUGUGAUCCUCACGGGGUGUUGUCAAGAUGAUAUUGAAGAACUAUUCAAAAAGGUCAUGCAACAGUUUGAAGAUUUCCCCUCUGAACAGAGGCAGAUGCCAACCAAAGAGAGAGACACUCUGACAAAACACUUCUACCUAUUUCCAGGAAUUAAGCACCGGUUCCCCGAAGAGAAGCAACUACACAAGAGACUGGAAGCUCUCAGGGUGGAGCCUGCUGGGGGGCAAUGGUUGAGACCAGGUCUGAGGAAGUAUUCCUGUCAACUCACAAUUGACACAAACACAGUACACACAAACCUCCAACUGUCUGACAACAGCAGGAAGAUGACAUAUGUGAAGGAGGUUCAGUCAUAUCCUGAUCAUCCAGAGAGAUUUGAUUUUUAUCCUCAGCUGCUUUGUAGAAAUGGUCUGACUGGCAUCUGUUACUGGGAGGUCGAGUGGAGAGGACACAUUUUUAUAUCAGUGAGUUACAGAAGAAUCAGAAGGAAAGGAGGCAGUAAAGACUGUAGGUUUGGAUGCAAUGAUCAGUCCUGGAGUCUGAGCUGCUCUGAUGAUGGUCCUCGUUCUGUCUGGUAUAAUGGAAAAAGAACAUCCAUCUCCUCCUCCUCCUCCUCUGUCUCUAACAGAGUAGCAGUGUAUGUGGACUGUCCUGCUGGCACUCUGUCCUUCUACAGAGUCUCCUCUGACACUCUGAUCCACCUCCACACCUUUAACACCACAUUCACUGAAACUCUUUAUCCUGGGUUUACACUCUGGCCUGAUAGUCCUUGUUCCUCAGUGUCUCUGUGCUGAAUUGAGUGUAAAAGUGUCCUCCUGUUAGAGAAACACUCUGACUGUUGAACAGAUAGUUCAGUCUGUACAUGUCUGUCUCUUUCACUCACAAACACGUUUUCAGAUUCAUGGAUUCAAUCAGUUGAUGUUUUAAACUCUUCUAAAUGAUUCCUUGUAAACCUCUUCCUCUUCAGUCCUUUAAAGAUGGAAGCUCCCAUUAUUCCAGGAUCCACAUGUUGUUUUUCUGUCUUUUUCCACUCAAAGCUUCACAGAAACAAAAGAUCUUUCAAAAAAGGUACGACUUUGGUAAGCUAUGAAGAUGCACACCUUGAUGAAUUGUCGGAGCAUUAUGGCUACCGUAGUCAGGAGUCUCGAGGAUCAAUCCGGGUCCAAACUCUGCUUCCGGUCCUUAAGUUGAAAAAACACUGCAGCAUCAAUGAGAGUUCAAAACUGUCUAAAUUCUUUCAUGUUUAAUAAAAUGAUCAGCGUCUCUGCUUUACCAGGUGCAACAACUAAGUUUAACUAUCAGGCUGCCCCUCCCUCGGCCUGAUACUGUUUUUUUCUGUUAAAAGAAAGUUUUUCCUUUUCACUGUCACCAAAGUGCUUGCUCAUAGGGGGUAAAAUGAUUGUUGGGUUUUUCUUUACAUGUAUUAUUGUAAGUCCUACUUUACAAUUUGAAGUGACUGUUGUUGUGAUUUGGCGCUGUAUAGUUAAAAUAAAAUGAAAUAAAAUAAAAUUGAA